CUGUCAGACAUCUGGAUGAAAACAUUGAUGAGGUGAAUAGAGAAGGUGUGCCGCUCAAGGGCACAAUUCAGCAAAUGAGAAGAGAGAACGUAGUUUCAAGGUCAAUCCAUUGACAAAUCAAGAUCAAGUGUUCUGAAAACACCCACUGACCUUUGAAAGUGUGUCAGUACUUUAGGUCGCCAUUGUCGGUAACACUGCAAGGACGUUUGCGUAUCAUCUUGCGGAUUUUCCUCAUUUGAUCUGUUUUAUUGUCUGAAUGGGUCUGGAAAAACACUGGAUUUGGAAGAGGACUAUGUACUGUUGUCUUAGACAGAGGGAACCGUCUAUUAUACGCAGUUUUAGUCAGAUUAGUGCAAUAGUUUAUCCUUUGUUUUGAUUUGGAAAUCUGAUUCAUUCAUCGCGACCAACAAAAUGAUGAAGUCCGCGCUUCUUCGACCCACCAGGCCGUUGGGUUUUGUCAGACGAUUUAGAUGUCAGCCAGCAGCCAUCAGUGUGGUGAAGAAAUACGCAGAAUUCAACCCAGCACCGCUCUCGCUGCGAAAUCUAUUAGAUUUUGGUCAGAAUCCAUGCCAACAAAAAUCGUUCAAGUUCCUCAGGUUUGAGCUUGCUGUGAGACUGGCAAAUAUGCUGAAAGAAAUAGAAGAGCUUCCCAAAGACCUGAUGAACACUUCUUCAGCAGAUCUCGUCCACAGAUGGUAUGAAGAGAGUUUCAGAGAACUGAUGGAGUUUGAGAAUGCCAGUUCUUCAGACCAGAGUGUUUUGUCAGAAUUUUCUGAAGCUUUAGAAAAGAUCCGAAGUCGUCACAGUACAGUGGUUGAAACCAUGGCACAGGGCGUGAUGGAACUUGCAAAUAGCUCUCCAGAUGGCGUACUAGAAGACGCCACUCGAAAAGACAUUCAGUAUUUCCUCAACCGCUUCUACAUAAGCAGAAUUAGUAUCAGAAUGCUCAUCAACCAGCAUAUUCUGUUAUUUGGGAACCAGCUGAACCAGGAAAGGCGUUAUAUAGGGUCCAUAGAUCCCCACUGCGAUGUUCUGGAAGUGGUUCAAGGUGCGUACGAGGAUGCCAAGGGCUUAUGCGACCUUCAUUAUUGCAUUACGCCAAAGUUGGACAUCAAAUGUUUUAAUCCCUAUGAGCAGGGAGAGCCUAUCCAGAUGGUCUACGUCCCAUCCCAUCUUCACCACAUCAUGUUUGAACUGUUCAAGAACUCAAUGCGCGCCACUAUUGAGACGCGCAGUAACGUCACAGAUAGCGAUCUCCUACCCCACAUUGAGGUGAAGAUAUUUAAAGGAAAAGAAGACAUUACAAUAAAGAUAAGUGACCAAGGUGGUGGUUUCAGCAGAGACCAGCUUGACCUGAUGUUUAACUACACCUACACCACUGCGUCCAAGCCUUCAGCUGAUCACCACACACCCUUUGCUGGCUAUGGCUAUGGUCUCCCUCUGUCUCGUCUGUAUGCCGUCUAUCUGAACGGUAACCUUGACCUUGCUCCCGUGGAGGGGCAUGGAACUGACGCCUAUGUGUAUCUAAAGACUCUUUCUCAAGCUGCCAGCGAGCUUCUCCCAGUUUUCAACAAAACUACAGCAAAGUACUACAAUUCCCCCAUACCUGUAGCUGAUUGGAGUAACCCCAGUCACACCACUGGUCUCACAACAUUUCUUUCAAGGACAUACUGCACAAAAACCAGUAACCAGUAGAAAUCCACAGUCAAGUCAAACCUAACAAGGACACUGCACUUGUACUUGUAACAACUUGUAUUUGUCCCUACGUUAAAGAGACAGGGAAAUGGCACUGCGGAUUAUUGGACACUGUUUCCGAUCAUAUCUCUCUGAUAAUUCAAAUAUAAAAAAACAUUUCUGUUUUGUGAGAGCACUUGGUAAUUAUUAUAGAACCUAGUUUUCUGCUAUCUGAGACUGCUACUUGUAUAUAUUUAAAGUUGUUUGCAAAGCAGUAGAUUACCACUAUCACAUUUCAGAGCCGUGACUGUUAUUUACAGUUUGAGUUGAAAAUGUCAUUCUUUACAACGGUUACUUCGCAUUGAUAAAUGUUAUAUAACAACUAGAAUCACAUCCAGUUUUAUUGAAAGAACUCACAGUUCUGCUGUAAAGGUGUCUGUCGAUAGAUUUUUCAUUUUAUUGGCACUUAAAGAUUAGUUAGGUGUACUUAUUUUAUGUGAUAAAAAAAAUAAACUUGUGAUGCUUGAAAGUAUGUAAUGGACAGGUGAUAGUUAACACUCGUUUCAAUAGAACUUAUUAUGAAUCGAGGAUUUUGGUGCUUCGUUUCCAUGACCAGCACUUUUAUAUUCAUAUAAUCAGCUAAAUGUCUGUGUUCACCAUAUUACUAUCACACAUUGUUACAUACGUUUUGAAAAUACACGUGCAGGUUUCAAGAUCUAUAAAAAGUCCAAAUGUCAGUUAUAUAUGUAUAGUGUUAGGUUUAAAUGUUUUGGAGCUGUAUAUAAAAUGGAUAUAUGAUUUGGUCUUGCAUAUAAUUAAAUGUAAAUAACAUGAUAGGCUUUUAAUUAUAUAUUUCAGUGAUUAAGGAAAGUGAAAUUUGAAUGACUGAAAGCGCAGUGGCCAAGGAAAGUUGUAUGUGCCAAAUGUAUUUGGCUUUGCAGAUGACAAAAUAUGUCCUAUAUCCAUCUACAACUUAACAUAGAGAGUGACAUAUGCAAGCAGGAACUAGAAAUGUUCUAAAUCUUUUCUAAAUUCUGUAUUUUAGUUGAUCGUUGUAAUAAUGUUACAACACAUUUUCAUCCCCUUUUGUUUUAUCAAAUUUUUCUCACACUUCUCCCAGGGAUCAUAGCUGAUAUUGAUAGACAUGGUGAAAUUUUACAGCACCAAAUUGCAAGCUGUGUCCACACUUCCCUUUAAAUAGUGUUGGACCCAAAGCUCACAUGGGAAUUUUAAAGAAAUUACCUCUCGUUCUAGUCAUGGUCUCUUCAGUAUUGGGUUUAUUUCACAAAUAUUUAAUGUAAAUCGUGAAACUAAAUGAGACGGGGACAUAUUUCAGUCCUUGAAGAUAUGAAGAAGUUUGUCAGUUCUGAAAUUGAUUGUUUAAUUUAUGUUUUUUAUUUGUUAAGUUAUUAAUUGGUGUUGUCGUAGUACUUUUGGAAUAAAUUAUGUGCUCUGAGAAUUUUAUCAGAGUUAUUUAGGUGCCAUACAGUAAGCUGAAAAAGAUGAGUCACUAAAAAUCCACAUUAUUGUUAGAUGUUUAAAGGCUACAAGUUUUAAUUUACAAAUAUCCAGAUUUUAAAUUUUCUGUCACAUGUAUCUUGGCAAUGCCAUGCACAAGUAUCUUAAAAUAUUGUAAAAAGUUAUUAACACAGGAGUUUGCUGAAGGUUUAUUUGGAGUGAUAAAGAAGUAAGGUUAGAUUUGUAUAUAUUUAGUUAUCAAAAGGUAAAAAAGUUAAUAUUUGUGUUGUUGUCAAGUAGCGAAAUAGUUUUCAUGCUAGAGUUUUGUUCUUUGGCUAAUGUAAUUAGUUGUGAUAAAAUAUUAAGACAAUAAGACCAAAGGAGGGACACACGAGCAGAUUUCCCAGGGAGAAAAAAAAUGAAGUAGUUAUUAGUAUAUAGAAUAUAUUUAGAGUUUUGGCAAUUGUGAAAACUUCAUCUGCUGUUUUAAUCAGAAAAUGAAAGGUGAAUAAUUGCACACUUGGCUAUUUACUGUUAGUGACUUUGUUGUUGACUUACUGUAAAGUAUGUGAAAUGUUUUAUUUGCAGUAGGAAGUAUUACUAGAUGGUUUGUAAAAUUUGAAGUUCAUACUUGAUAGUUGUUAUAUUAUUGUCAAAAUUCUCCAGAAAUAAACAAUAUCGUUAUGUAUC